AUGGCAUCUGGCAGUGGAUCUGCCAAGGCAAUUGGCAUAGAUCUGCCAAUGGCCAUAGCAUCCAGGAGCUGGCCGAGACAUGCUGACCUAGAAGGAGAUGAUGUCCAUGCAAAUGUCUACUCUAACUCAAAGAAGUAUUUUGGUUGGGAUAAUCAAUGCAAAAUUGACCUAACAAAAUUCACAACUUCAUUUCAGUUGAGAGAGAAAUACGGUGAGGUGUUUACCAUUUACCUGGGGACCCGUCCGGUCAUUGUGGUCAAUGGAUACCGAUCUGUUAAAGAAAUCUUUGUAGACAGAGGUGAUGAUUUUUUAGGUCGAGGAGACAUGCCUUGCUUCAAUUAUUACAACAAGGAGUAUGGACUUGGUUUCGAGAGUAAGAUGGAGAAGUGGAGGGAACUUCGUAAUUUUUCAGUGUCUGCAAUGCGGGACUUUGGCAUGGGAAAGAAGACCAUGGAGGAACAUGUUCAGGAGGAGGCUCAGUGUCUGGUGACAGAAUUUAGGAAUACAAAAGAGUCAUCUUUUGACCCUCGCCAGUGCCUCAAUAAAGCCCAGUGCAACAUUAUUUUCACAAUCAUGUUUGGAAACCGCCAUGAUUAUGAAGAUGAAGAGCUCCAUGAUGUGUUGUUCUGGAUUUAUGAAACCUUUGUAAUUGCCAGCUCUUUCUGGGGGCAGCUGUUUGACAUGUUCCCCCAAAUCAUGCGUUUCAUUCCCGGGCGACACCAGAAGAUUUUCAUUUACUUGAGAAAGCUUUUGCGCUAUGUGAUAAAGAGGGUUAAGAUGAACAAGAAGACGUUGGACCCCAAUAAUCCGAGGGAUUUUGUUGAUGCUUUCCUCAUUAAAAUGGAGAAGGAAAAGAUAAAUCCCAAAAGUGAAUACACCCUCUCCAAUUUAGUGAACAGCACUUUACAGAUCUUCUUUGGCGGGGUGGAGACUAUGAGCACAACUCUGACUUACUCUCUCCUUAUUCUUUUGAAAUACCCUGAUAUCCUUGCCAAAGUCCAUGAGGAGAUUGACCAGGUCAUUGGUCAAGACCGGAGCCCAAAGAUUGAAGACAGAAACCAUAUGCCCUUCACAGAAGCUGUGAUCCAUGAAAUACAGCGAUUUAUAGACCUGCUCCCAAUGUCUGUGCCAAGGAAAGCCACAAGAGACAUCAAGUAUAGAGGGUACUCUAUACCCAAGCACACCAAUGUGUUUCCGAUGUUGACCUCGGUACUGAAAGACCCCACCUGUUUCCCAUACCCAAAUGAGUUCAAUCCAAAGAAUUUCCUUGAUGAAAAUGGUGAAUUUAAAAAGAAUGAUGCCUUUAUUCCUCUGGCAUUAGGGAAAAGGAUGUGCUUGGGAAAGGCUCUGGUUCAUGUGGAGCUUUUUAUUUUCUUAAUCACUAUUCUGCAAAAUUUUAACCUGAAGUCUCCCAUUGCACUGGAGGAAUUGGACAUCAUACCUAGUAUAUCUGGAUUGGGGAAAUUUCCAAAACCUUACAGGAUCUCUUUCAUCCCUCGUUAA